AUGAUUGUUUCAGAUCUGGUGCUUACACAUUAUGAUCCUAACCUUCCCUUACAACUGGCUUGUGAUGCUUCGCCUGUAGGAAUUGGAGCGGUACUGUCUCAUGUCAUGGCAGACGGCACAGAGCGACCGAUAGCGUUUGCAUCGAGAUCCCUGUCGAAGGCGGAGCGCAACUACGCACAGAUAGAUAAAGAAGCGCUGGAUGCAGUGUGGGGAGUCAAGAAAUUCCACAAUUACCUUUUCGGUAGGAACUUUACCUUACUGACUGAUCAUGAGCCUCUCACUUCAAUCUUUCAUCCCAGCAAAAUUAAGCCUUCCUGCUGUCACUGCUGCUAGAUUACAACGCUACGCUUUGUUCUUGGCGGGUUUUGACUAUACAAUCAGAUACAAGAACACUAAGUUACACGGAAAUUCGGAUGGUUUGCCUCGAUUACCAUUGCAUAGUGAGACAACAGAAGAAGAGCCAGAUCCAGUGGGCCACUUCUAUGCCACGCAGUUUGAGCCCUUGCCAGUCACAGCAGAACAGGUCAAGCGAGAAACACAGAGAGAUCCUCUAUUGGUGAAGGUCCAUGAGUUGGUUAUGAAAGGAUGGUCCACUCCACAAGAUGAAGCGAUUAAACCGUUUUACCAGCGGAAAGACUAA